CCGGAAGCACGUGUUUCUCAUGUUGACAAACAUCAGAUUUUUUCUUCAUGCUUCACGUUCAGGAAUAACUAAUUACCAUUUAUCAUGGAUGAUCAAAGCCAAGAUAACAUAGACAAGUCUGAAACUGACGAAUAUUUCAAAAGUUAUGGAGAUAUUUCUGUUCAUGAACUUAUGUUGAGAGAUAAACCAAGAACUGCUGCUUACCAAAAGUUUAUGCAACAAAACAGCCAUUUGUUGAAAGAUAAAAUUGUUUUAGAUGUUGGAUCAGGAACUGGUAUCCUGUCACUGUUUGCUGCUUCAGCUGGAGCAAAGCAGGUAUUUGCUAUUGAAGCUAGUUCAAUAGCUGAUUUAAGUCAGAGUAUUAUUGAGGAAAACAAAAUGGAGGAUAAAGUGAAGGUCAUCAAGGGAAAGAUUGAAGAAGUCAGUUUACCUGUUGACAAAGUGGACAUUAUCAUAUCAGAAUGGAUGGGGUUUUAUCUGCUUCAUGAAUCCAUGUUGGAUUCCGUAAUAUUUGCUCGUGACAAAUAUUUGGCCGAAGAUGGUCUUAUGAUUCCAUCAGAUGCUAUCUUGUACAUGACACCAGUGAACAUGUCUUCUUAUGUUGCUGAAAACAUUUUGUUCUGGGACAAUAUUUAUGGCUAUAAUUUUUCUUCAGUAAAAUAUGCAGUACUAGGGAAUAAAAUGUGUGAGCCUACUAUAACAUGUAUUGAACAAUCACAAUGUGUGGCUGAACCUGAAAUUUUCUGUGAACUUGAUUUAAAAACUGUCAUUAUGAAAGAUAUUCAAAAUAUUAAUCAGACAUUAUCAUACACAUUCACCAAACCAGGACUUGUACAUGGAUUUGCCAGUUGGUUUGAUGUAGAGUUUAAAGGUCCUAUGGCAGCAUCCCCUGAUCAAGGGACAAAAAUAGUCACUUUAAGUACUUCCCCAGCUACACUCCAAACGCAUUGGAAGCAGACUGUUAUUUUUCUGCCAGCUUCCAUGACAGUAGAUGAAGGUGAUCAGAUCACUGCCAUUAUAGAUCUGUCACAAGAUGAAGGUAAUAAAAGACAUUACAAUAUAUCUGUAGAAAUUAUAGGGGAAGAGGACGAAGAAUCAAGUUCUGAAGAAGAUGUGUCUAAUCAUCCAGUUCCAUGUAAUUGUGGAGCAACACGUUGUAUGCUUGUUCAAGCACUAGUCGAAAAAUAUGAUGAAGAACAAAAUGAACUUGAAAAAGAGGCUGAGAAAGUGGAUGUUAAUGCAGAAGUUGAAGCAGCCAGAGUAAUUGAUCGAGAAAUGACUGCCAAUGCUGAUAUUAAUUUGAAUGAAACAUUUUAAUAAGAACUAUACAGAUAUCUUUAUAUGUGAUAUAGAUUAAUGAUGUAGCAAUUACAAAUUUAUUGAUUUAAAA